CUCCUCCCUUGUUAUUCAACCAUCAGUCCACUCUUUUUGUCAAUUCAGAGCAUUUUGUCUACGGUUCUAUUUGACGGGUACCUCUGCUCCAUAUAAUCUCAUUCCUGGAUUCGACUACAAGGAGCAAAACAGAGUUGAGGGACAUUAAAAAAUCAAAAGCUUGGCUUUUUUAGACUUUUGUUUUGAGCUUGAGCCACUCUAAAGUUAAACGUGAGAAGAAAAAUUAUGUUCGCGGCAAGGGCAUCUAAAGGAGGAGCGGCAGCCAAUCUUAAGGACAAUAGCAGUGGAUCAAGUAAUCGGCCUCAAAACGAAAGUCGAGCAGUCGAUACUAAUGCUGAGUAUGCGCUGCCUCACUCCGCCAUUUCAUCAAUAAAUCGUGGCAAAUUCUUUGCUUAUUCAGCCGAUUCCGACUUAGAGAGUACUUGGACGCCUAUUCGAGCAGAUAUAGAUGAUAACACUCCACGACUCCCUCCACGUCUAGGUGAAGGCGUUCCAAUCGAUGAAGAUUCGAUUUAUUCGAAAACCGAUAAAACAUUAGUGGCAUACUUCGGACCGCUACCUCGUGAAGUUGAUGAGGCGCUGAGCAGGACAGAUUUCUAUACACAGCCCAUGGCAGCCAAGAUAGACUUUGAUGCAGGGCUUGGCAUUAUUGUAUCACAGUCAAAAUGUUACAUCUGGGCUGUCCAGAAGGAUGUUACGUACCGAUCUCCUCCAAUGUGUAUCAGCCUUCCAAUGCCACCAAACAGCUAUACAUCAGCAGAAGCCUCGGUUCUUUUGCCAGUGGUCACCAUAACCAAAUCAGAUAAUCAGAAUUCUGGUGUACUCGCAUGUUCUCCCGACGGAACCUGUUGGUACUGGAAUAAUAUUGAUCUCAGCCUCUCGAAUGUCGAUGAGCAUGUGGAUACGAAAAUUAACUUAGCCCAAAAUGACUGCAUUACUUAUGUUGAAUGUGCUGGGCCCAUGGGAUAUUAUUUUGGCUCAAGAUACGCGUGCAUUUACCAGAUGGCGAUCAAAAAGCAGCUCGGAUCCAUUACCCUCACAUCGACCCAAUUGCAUGGGAAAUCAGGAGGGGCAAUGGCAUCGUUCUAUAGCAUUAUUGGCAAGACACAAGGACCUGAUAUAUCUCAAAAAGUUAAAUCCUUAACCUCUGGCCCCAAAAUCCAGGAUCAGCUUGGGCGAUGGAAUUUAUACGUUUUGACACAGAGAACCCUUCAUAGAUGGUGCCUUCACAGGUCUGGCGAAUACGCCCAGGAGCCUGAAAUUCCGCUAAAGGAAAAGGUUACAGAACGGAUUUUGCGUGAUUACUCUGCUACACUUCCUCUUGGCAGCGAUCCCGACGUUCGUCUUUUGGAUAUUGAGUAUAUUAAAAACGGCAAACUAUUGUUGCUAGUAACUUUUUUUGACACUGCCGAGAAAUAUCCAACGACACCACUGUCUUGUGCGCUGUUUACACUUUCGUCACAGUUUAGUCCAAGCAUUGAUAUUGAAAGCGUGAAAUAUAUCCACAGCACAAUGGAAGAGGAUCUACGUCCGCUGGCAUCGCCAAGACUAGUUGUACCAAAGGGUGGCCCAGGUGUUUUCAUUGUCAUGCCCAAAGCAGUAAUCAUCAGCUCGACAUCACCUAAGAUGGACCUCGAGGACUUGGUUCCUCUGAAGACAGACAGGAUUAUCGGGUUUGGAUCAGAGGAUUGGAAGCAGCGCGGUUUAGAGAUGGAAGAUAGUAGUGAGCUUACAAUUAUAUGCAAGGCUAGUGGCCGAUUAGGGAUCAACAUCCAAAUAGACAACAGCAAAAGCUCUAGCUUACCAUCUUCAACUUUAGGAGACGAACCCAGAUCACCCAAGGAGCUGCUGACGGAGCAAUUACAAGCUAAGCUGGAACAGGCAGUCUUUUUUGGCCGCAAAAAGAACAACCCUAUCUCAUUUGAUCUAACACACUACGACGGCGGUGAUCUUAACCAGGCCUCGUUGAAUGUUAGCACUGAGAUCAUGAAGUCCUAUGCAGCAUUGCUAAGUUCGGGCAAGGACUUGACUGGAAAGCUUUGGGAACGUUACACGAGGAUCACGAGCAUCAUUGAGAGUAUCCAAGCUGCUGGAAUGGCAAGCCGCCUCACAAUUGACACUAGAUUCCAGCUCUGCUGGGCUGCAGAAAAAUUGGCAGCCGCAAAUGCAUUAUGGAGCCAGUAUCAACUAAUAUUGAUAGCUAAGGACAGAAAUUCGAGCACCAGGAAAAAUCUGAAGCAAGUCAUGGAUGAUGCGGCAUCACAAAGCUUGCAGAGGCUUGGAGCAAACUUGUCUGAAGAUCCCAUCUCCUUCUUUAUGAACUAUCAUGCCGACAACUUGGCUGAGUUUCUAUCCAACUUGCAGAGAUCCACUGCUGAUCUCACGUCGUUGUCUGACGGCCAACAAGCAGAGCUCGUACGGAAUAUCAACAAAAUUAUGAUUCUCAGUCUGCGCUCAGCCUGGAAUUAUAGAAAGCAGAAUGUGGCAAGCUAUGCGCUACAAAAGAGUUGUAAUUUCGAGCCUUGGACAGGAGCGGAGAAAAUCAUUAUGGCAUUUUCAGCACAAUACAUGGAAACACUUUCAACUUUUAAAAAGCAUGUCGACACGAAGAAAAAAUCUCUGGACGUUAUUAGAUCUUCACCCUCAACUGAUGAACUUUUGGAUCAACUUUGUGACCUUGCAGAUGUGGCCUUGCAGGCAUUCUCUGAGCGUCUGCAAUACUUAGAAGGGUUACCAUCAUCAAGCGUUCACAACAUUGCUGUUGUCACUGCUGUGAAUGCAUACGAUAAAGCAAAGUCAGAGCUGUUAACACCGUUGGUUGAGCUCAAGAGAACACAAACUGCGAUUGAAUUGGCCCAACGGUACAAAGAUUUUGAUACACUAGUCAAGCUGUGUAUAGGGAAUGAGAACCAAAUUGCAGCCUACAUUGACAUAUAUCAACAAGACUUUGCAAACGCUUUGUUUCAAUGGUACUAUGAUAAUGAUCAACUAUCGGAUCUUUUAGAAAUGGGCGAGAAAUACAGCGACUUGCUCACAGUUUACUUCGACAAUCGUGACUACAACAAGAUUGCCUGGCUGCAUGACAUCAAGACCAAACGAUUUAUAGGAGCUUCGCAGCGUGUACAAGAUGCUGCUGUACUUGAAAGUAAUGUGAAUCGCCGAAGGACAAUGUUGAGUCUGAGUAAACUCCUGUUCAUGGCUGGCGUGACGCAAGAGCAACAAGAGAACGGUGCUGCAAAUUCGGAUGAAAUGAUGAAGUAUGCAAGUAGAAACAAUGAGGAACUCGAGAUGGCAACUGUUCAAGCAUUAUUAGCAGAUGAAUGGGAUCAUAAAGUAGGCACAUUGGCGAGUAUCGAAGAGAGGGCUCAAGCGAUUAUUAAAACCUUUGGAUCUUCUAUUUUGCCAGAACAGCCGACUCUGUACAAGGCAACGCUUCUAGCCAUACGGACGCUGCUCAACCGCCAAACAAUCAGUUCAGAGGACCUCCUUGACAUUCUAAUGCUGCAACAGAAGUUUGAAAUCCAAAACUUGGACAUUUGCGACGUUGUACUCAACAUUUGUCUUCAUUCGUCCGAUAUUCCCGAAAACCGUCGACCCUACGUUUUGCAGGACAUCUGGCGGCGUAUCUUUAUUUCAGGCUCUGUACAAGAUUCAUAUUGGAAACUUGAGGACAUGUCAGAACAGGAAGCACGGGACAAGCUGAUGAAUUCUUGGAUGUGUCGGGCGUAUGCAGUGGUGGAACAAGGAAGUAGUGGUAGUAGAGAUGAUUUAGUCUUGCUAAGGCCACAAGAUACCAAGUGCACGAUGCCUGCAGAGCUAUUCAAAGAGCGGUUCUCAGCCGGUAUGGCUGUAGAAAAUGAAGAUGAUAUAGCUGUCGAUAUCGACAGGAACUAUAAGGCUAUGAUUCGUGAUUAUGAGCUUGAGAAUGAAGAACUAGAAAGGCGUAUUCAUGAUGGCCAGCUGCUGGAAAAGUGGGAGCAGGUUAAAUACAUUGUCAAAAAAGAAGCUGUGGGAUCGAGGGCAGAAGCAGGAUCAUUCUUGGCAAACCAAGAUGUGGAGAUGAAAGACGCAGAUCUGUAAUAAAAGAGAGAUAGAAGUUGAGACAGAG